UAUUAUCAUCGCGGAAGCAAGAGAGUUGGGCAACUGCAUGACACUGGACAGAGUGACGCUGGAAGCUUACUAUAUCAGUACUCGUAUAUAUAUUUAUAUAUCUUUUCACUAUGCUUAUAUCUGUAGAACUUAGAAGUACUCGUACAAUAUACUAUUAUAUAAUUAUGUGUACGUUGCAACAAUGAACAAUGCGUAGAUAUGUAUUGUACAACAAUAUGUGUGGGCCCACUAACUGUAUUCGGUUUGUUUCGCAAAUUUUUUCAAACUUUGUAAGCCGACAGCCGGUAAAUCAACAUGAUUGUGUACUUGCUUUCCGCUGCCUUGGCGAUGAUUUCCGCUGGAACCUACCUGUUGAUCAGAAUACGCGGCUUCGAACAUUUCGUUGUUCAUUAUCGCUGGGUAUUCGUCUGCUUAUUCCUGCUACCUGCGUCCAUCUUAUAUAAUGCGUUUUUCCUGAUCCGGAGCAAGAUUAUCUUUGCACUUCGUAGUGCGCCGCAAAAUCAUGAACUGCGCGUGCAGGAGAUUCAGGAGCAGAUUCGGAAGUGGAAUCGAGACGGCCGUCGAAAGCCGAUGUGUACAGCGCGCUCGGGAUGGUUGACCAUGAGUUUUCGCACUCCACUGUACAAACACUCGCUAAACGCCGUCAAAAUCGAUCUGAUGGAUAUUCUGGAAGUUGACGUACAGCGACGUAUUGUCCGUGUGGAGCCGCUGGUGUCAAUGGGCCAGCUCAUGUCGGCGCUGCUGCCACUCGGAUUCACGCUACCCGUUGUUCCGGAACUCGAUGAUUUAACAGCGGGGGGGAUGAUUAUGGGAGUCGGAGUUGAGACGUCAUCGCAUGUCCAUGGGCUAUUUCAGGACCUUGUCGAGUCUGUUGAGCUUGUUUUGCAAGACGGAUCUGUGAAGAAAUGCUCGAAGGACUCGGAUCCAGAUCUGUUUCUGUCAGUUCCAUGGUCUCAUGGAACUCUGGGUUUUCUCGUUUCCGCUGAACUGCGCAUCAUUCCGGCAUCAAAAUACGUGCGGCUGGAAUACACGCCGGUUUACUCCUUAGAAAAUUUAGUGGAAACAUUAACAGUGAAAUCUAUGGAUCGUGCGGGAAGUCAUUUCGUAGAAGGAUUAGUAUAUUCGAAAGAAUCCGGUGUUGUGAUGAGCGGCAAGUUUGCCGAUGUUGUUGAAGGUGGUGCACAAGUCAAUCCUAUUGGAUACUAUUGGAAGCCGUGGUUUUAUAAACAUGUCGCAACUUUUUUGGAACGAAGAGCAAAAGGUGUGGAAUAUAUCCCGCUUUCCCAUUACUAUCACCGUCAUAAUCGAAGUAUUUUCUGGACAUUGGAAAAUAUUAUUCCGUUUGGUAAUCAUCCAGUUUUCCGAUAUCUUUUUGGCUGGCUGGUACCACCAAAGGUAUCUUUUCUCAAGCUGACGCAGGGCGAGACUAUCCGAAAGCUUUACGAAGAACACCAGAUGAUACAGGAUAUGCUGGUGCCACUACAGCAUCUGAAAACCAGUUUGCGGUUUUUUAGCGAGGAGAUUAAAUUGUAUCCACUCUGGCUAUGCCCGUUCUGGUUAAAGUCCCAGAAAGGUUUUGUGCAUCCAUAUAAAUUAGAUCCAUCCACUGACGGAGAAAUGUACGUCGACAUUGGUGCGUACGGGGAGCCAAAAACGGACAAAUUUCACUUCCGCACCACCACCCGUAUGCUUGAGGCAUUUGUUCGUGACCAUCACGGGUUUCAAAUGCUAUACGCGGACAAUUAUAUGACCAGAGAAGAAUUUCGACAAAUGUUCGAUCACACUUUGUACGAUGAAAUGCGGGCGCGGUUGAAGUGUGAUGGGGCCUUUCCGGAUGUUUACGAGAAAACGAAUCGAUCUGCAAGAUUAUAAUGAGACAAAACUGUUAAGCUUAUGUUUCUUUUUUGCAAAUGAAAUUUAACCUUUUUUACCGUUUUACUUUUUAUUGUGUCUGGGAUUGUUUUGGAUUUGACAGAUCGGCUUGCUGGUUGCAUUCACUUGCACGAAUUCGAUAGAACAUCGAAGCUAAAAACGAACUUCGAUAACAUAAAAUUGCUGAUUACAAGCCACUGCAUUUCUGAUUAGAGGGACAAU